UCCAGGACUCCUACCAUGGCCGGUGGGUUGUUUUCUAUAGACAGAGAUUAUUUCCAAGAGAUAGGGACAUAUGACGCAGGUAUGGACAUUUGGGGAGGAGAGAACCUGGAGAUCUCCUUUAGGAUUUGGCAGUGUGGGGGGACGUUGGAGAUCGUGACGUGUUCUCACGUGGGUCACGUGUUCCGGAAGGCCACGCCCUACACGUUUCCAGGGGGAACGGGUCAGAUCAUCAAUAAGAACAACAGACGCCUGGCCGAGGUCUGGAUGGACCAGUUCAAAAACUUCUUCUACAUCAUCUCCCCUGGUGUGACGAAGGUGGACUAUGGUGACAUCACGUCUCGCUCGUCUCUGAGACAGAAGCUGCAGUGUAAACCUUUCAGCUGGUACCUGGAGAACGUCUAUCCUGACUCCCAGAUACCACGACACUACUACUCACUGGGAGAGAUACGUAACGUGGAGACUAACCAGUGUCUGGACAACAUGGCCCGGAAGGAGAACGAGAAAGUUGGCAUCUUCAACUGCCAUGGCAUGGGAGGAAACCAGGUGUUCAGCUACACGGCCAAUAAAGAGAUAAGGACAGAUGACCUGUGUCUAGACGUGUCCAAACUCAACGGUCCUGUCAUGAUGCUCAAGUGUCAUCACCUCAAAGGAAACCAGCUCUGGGAGUAUGACCCCAUGAAGUUGACCCUGAUCCACGUCAAUAGUAACCAGUGUCUGGACAAGGCCAGUGAGGAGGACAGCCAGGUGCCCAGCGUCAGAGACUGUACACACACUCGCUCUCAACAGUGGCUGCUGCGCAACGUCACGCUGCCUGAGAUCUUCUGACCGCCGCCUACACACACACACACACACACACACACACACACACACACACACACACACACACUGAUGGAGAGAGAGAGAGAGUGAGAGGAGGGAAGAGGAGGAGGGCAGAAGGGACAGUCCACGCUGAAUGGGAUGAAGCAGGGCCCUUCUAUGGUGUCUGGGAGAGGGAACAUGUUUGGACUCAAUGGAGGAGAGACUCAUACUUUUAUGAAGAGAGACUGGUGAUGUUUUAAAGAGAGAGACUUGCUCCUGGAGAGACAUGUUGUUAAAGAGAGAGAGAGAGACCUGCUCCUGGAGAGACAUGUUGUUAAAGAGAGAGAGAGACUCACAGAGAGAACUUCCAUGGACAAGGCAGUCUCCCCAACACUGCAAACUCAUCACUUAUGUUUACCUGUGUGUGUGUGUGUGCGUAUAUGUGUGUGUGUGUGUGUGUGUGUGUGUGUGUGUGUGUGUGUGUGUGUGUGUA